AUGUUUGCUACAAAGCGCCUGAGCAAGGAGCUCAUCAAGAUGCAAGAUCAUCUCCCGCCGGGAAUCUCAAUUGUCAAGUGUGACAAUUUGGAGGAAUGGCAGAUGGACAUCAAGAUUCUUGACCAGAAUCCGCUCUAUUUGGACCAGACUUAUCGCCUGAAGUUCACUUUCAGCAACAAAUACCCCAUCGAACCCCCGGAGGUUCAAUUCAUCGAAUGUCCCGUGUCGACCGACACUCCCCGCAAGAUUCCGAUGCACCCCCACAUCUACAGCAACGGAAUUAUCUGCCUUGAUCUCCUGGGCUCAGCCGGCUGGUCCCCAGUCCAGACAGUCGAGAGUGUCUGCAUGAGUCUUCAGAGUAUGCUGACCGCCAACAGCCGUGACGAGCGACCCGCCGGUGACAAAGAGUUUAUUGCUACCAACCGCCGUCGCAUUCGCGACAUCAAUUUUGUCUAUGAGGAUGAUAACGUAUAA